AAACAUCAAGAUAGAGCAGCAUUCAAUAGAUUGUUUGCUAGUGUCACCCACGACAGGCGGUGAUCUCCAGCAUAAAAGCCGGAGUUGUCUGGCACAGACACAAACUCAUACUCAGCGACCGGAUACCUGGAUCCAUCGCAGACACCAACCACCAUGGCAUCCGAACAGCAGCAGCAACAGCAACCACCUCACCGCGAGCUCUACGAGUCCCUGACUCGAUUCGCAUCAUUUCCCAAUGAGCACCAGCGCAAAUGGUGGGCGCAUACCGGGCCCAUGCUGGUCAAGAUGCUCCACGACUCGGGCUACAGCCGCCCACACCAGCUGAGCUAUCUGUACCUGUUGCAGCAAGCGGUGGUGCCGACGCUGGGCGUGUUCCCGGAUCCCGGCCACGACGAUGAGCGGUGGUGGAGCGCUCUGACCCCGUACGGCAUCCCCUUCGAGCUCAGCUGGAACGUCUCCCAGCAGAUCGUGCGGGUCACCUUCGACCCCAUCGACGAGACCUCUGGCACCCCCGCCGACGUCUUCAGCCGCAGGACCGCGGCGCAAGCCAUCGAGCACCUCGCGCGUCUCGACCCGCAAUCUAUCCAGCUCGAUCGCUUCCGUCACUUCCAGCGUGAGCUCUGCAUCACCGACGCCGAAGAGCAGCGUCUCCUCCACUCCGGCGACUACCCGGCCAAAGCCCGCGGUCAGCAACAACUCUCGCUGGACCUGGGUCGCGAUGGCGCCGUCAACGCCAAAGCGUACUUUUACCCAGGUCGCAAGGCCACCGCCACAGAAAUUCCAGCCAGGGACCUCUCCUUCGCGGCUAUCGAGAAGCUCCAGGUCCCCGAGCUGGCGGCACCUCUGCACACGCUCCGCUGCUACCUCUCUUCUUCCACGGACCAUGACGACGGCAUGCCCAAGGCCCCUGCCGGCAUCAACCACAUGCUUCUAGCCUGCGACGUCUCUGCGCCCGCCAAGAGCCGCAUCAAGUACUACGUGAUCGACCAAGAGGUCAGCUGGGCGCGCACCGCGGAUCUGUGGACGAUCGGCGGCCGCCGGCUUGCAGGCGACUCUUCCGAGUUAUGCCAGGAAGGCCUGGACUGGCUGAAGCAGCUCUGGGACCUUCUCCAGAUCCCCCAGGGCUUUCGGAGUGACGUGUGGCCGAAGCUAGUGUUCGGCCAGCCCCCAACAGACGCCAACCUGCUCACCACCUUCGCCAACUACACCCUCUCGCCCAAGAGCCGCUUUCCCGAGCCGCAGAUCUACCUGAUUACCUUUGGCAUGAAUGAUCUGGCCCUGGCAAAGGCACUGUCGGAGUUCUAUCGUCGGCUGGGCUGGGAGGAUCUUGCCCGCACCUAUGUUGAGAAGGUGCAGUCGUACUACCCCGGCUCGAAUCUCAGUCGGACGAAUUUCAUUCACGAGGGCGUUUCGUUCUCGUAUCGUGACUCGAAGCCGUAUCUUAGUGUUUAUUAUGCGCCGUUUGGGGAGAUUAAGUCCGCUCACGAUGAGGAUGGGGUUGCCUGAGGAACUUUCUCCGGUUAGGAGAAGUUGUUGUGUACCUAGAUAUGGUUUCUGCGGACCUAUGAUUUGUUCUUCGUGGAUAAUGAUCAUAUGCCCGUCCUGCACAUGCUCUUUCCCAUGAAUUGGAGGUUGCCUCACUGGCAAGAGACCUAUUUCUGGGGUUUGUUCUUGAUGUGGGUAUAGGCUGACCGGAUGGAUUGGAGAACCUGGCCUGAGGCAACAGACAGUCUAUUGCACG